AUGAAUCGCAAUCACAGGCCUCGACGAUCUCACGAUUUCAAACGGACUGUAUUAGCUGUUUCAUUGUUGCUUUGCUUCAAUGCACCACUCUGCAGCGGGCGGCCCAACCAUCGUCUUCCUGUCGCAGGGAUCUUCGGGAUUGGUGGAAACAAAGAUGCUGAACAGCAGUCACAAAGACGACCAGUUCCUCCGCAAUACUGGCAACAACAAUCCUCGAUACCACCUCCGCCGCCAGGGAGGACACAAGGUCCGCCCCCGGGCACAUCUAGCGACAAAGGAAUGCAAUCCAGAGCUGAGGUAGGUUCAGGAACCAUCCCAGGACCUCCUCGUCUUGUCAGACAAACAGCCAUAAUUCCACCGCCGCCACCGCCUCCAAAAAUGGUACUUCGGGAAGAAGAAGUCGAGGAAGCAUCAGUUCAGAAUUUCACCGAUGCUCAAAAGGUGACAAACAGUGCAGCGGAAAAAUCAGAUUUGCCCGAAGAAGAGCUUCAGGAUAUACCACAUCAACAAUAUGAGUAUGAAGACAACUCAUACCAAUUGGGACCGCCACCCACGCAAGACUGGUAUCCACCACCAGCUGCGAAUCAAGACGUAUGGCAGCAAUCUCAAGGAUACUAUGAUCCUGGAUUUUUGCAAAAUGAACUGGAUCAGUCACUAGCACGAGAGAACAACUUCAUGAUGCAGCUUGAUAAUCUAACCGCAGCGGUUGCAGUCAUGGAACAACGUGAGGAACUUCACCUUCGACAACUUGAUGUACUGACCGAAAGAAUCAUUGAUAUUGAAACUCAGGCUGCCGAAGAACAUAACAAACUUGCUGAAUACGAAGCCAAUUGCACAGCUUAUGCCUUGACCGUGGAAAGUCUGAACGAUGAUACCGAAGAAUGGCAAAGGCGAUGUUCUGAGUUGAUGGAGCGUCAAGCAAACGAUACAGCAACAAUCACUGAAUUGAGGCGUGCUAUCAAAGAAAAGCAAAGUGAAGCAGAAGAGAUUGCGAUUGCGAUUGAAAAUGUUCGGCUGGCUGAAAAGAGAAGAGAACAUUACCAAAAGAAGGGAGCAGCUGCGAGAAAAAGCAUGUUCUCCAGAUUAUACAGCUUUUUCUUUGGUGGUCAAGAAGAGUUUGAAGAAAUGUCCCGCGAGGAUGCCUAUGAUAUGGCAAAAUCAACCCUGCUGCGAGCACUCCAAUCGGAAAGAGGAAGUGUUCACGAGCUCGAAGGAGUAGUUGCAUCUUUGCAGCAAAACAAUUCUGCUAUUUCGGAGAUGGUGGAGUCCAGGGAUUCGAUAAUCGAUGAGCUUAACAACCGAAUUUCAGUGUUCGAAGAAGACAAAGUGGUGCUAAAGGCUGCUCUUCGGCAACUGCAAAAAGAAAUAAAGGAAGAGGCGCCCAAAGCCCAAAAGCUAAUGGACGACCUUGCUGCUGCAGAGAGCGAUUCUGAACGACUGAGGAAUGAUAUAAAUUCUUUGAUUCAAACCCACCAGGAGGAGCUGAAUUUGUUGCAACAACAGAUUUCAACGAAGCAAAAGACAAUUUCUGAGACAGAGUCAAACAUGACCGCGAUUGGAACAUAUGUUGACAAACUAGAAGAUAGACUAACAUCAUUUGCAGUCACAAGGCGGGAUAUGGAGGCAAGGGAAAAGAGAUGCAAGGAAAUUGAGGAAGCUGCAGUCCAGACGGAAUCUGAGAAGAAGGAACUGGAAGCCAAACUUGAAACCUACUCACGUGAACAAGAAGAAUUGAAAAAGCUUCUUGAGGAACUAGUGAAUGAGCGUGCCAGUCUUCAAAAGGACAAUCGCAAGCUUGCGACUGAUAGUGAAUUCCGUGUAGCAGAACAAGAACAAUUGCAAUUGAAGUGUACUUCACUUGAGUGUGAGGUCCAGAAUCUCACCGAAUCCUUGGAAGAGCUUCGUUCGAGGUCUGGGCUUUUGGAAAGCGAGUUGGAGGCUACGGAACAAGAAAAGGCUACUUUGAAGGAAAAAGUGGAGCAAUCUAUCACAACCAAUGAUGAGCUUGUGAAUGUUCAAUCGCACAAUGCAAAGUUGCGGGAGGAAUUGCAAGCCACAAAAGGCGAAAAUCAGCGCCUUGAAGGGGAUUUGGCCAAUGUUACACAAAAAGUGCAAGAGCUUCUGGAAACGAAAAAUCACGAAAGUGUGAAGAAAGAAGCUGUGGCACCUCCUCCGGAAACUGCAAGGGAUGUUCCACUGAGAAACCUGCGAAAGCAAAUUUCCAAAGCUACUGGUAUCCACGGUGUGAUCACGCCAUCUACCACAAUGCUGAAGCAAGGGGUACAAAGACAAAAGCUCAAGCUUCCUACAUUUGCUCCAAUCCGAAAAUCCCCUGAGAAGGUGGAUUCACCAAAACCUGAAGGAAUGGCAAGGAGGCCACCAAAUCGACCACCACCUCCACCAUUUCAAAAGAAAGAUGACUAA